GAACGUUUUGGUAGCAGCUAACAAAACACAAUCCGCAGCUCAUUACGUUCUCUUUCCGUAGUAAAAUUGGUAAAAUUAGCAAACGACGUGCGAUAUAGUUUCUAGCUUGCAAAGAAAACCAGUGUGCGAUCGAGCGAAAUGUCGGAGGCGACGAACGAAAUACCGCUUGACCGCAAGCUGAACGAAAUUUUCGACGAAGGGUACAGCGCCAUGAACCGCUUGGAUGAAAAUGCGGCACUGCCUUCGAAUGCACCCGAAUUUCAGGUAGCGGUAAAGAAAACGAUCGGCCAUUUCGAGGAUGCUACCCGGCUCGUCAGCCUGGUCGGGAUGUUUAGCACGAAUGAAUCGUACGAGGAGGUGCCAACGGAAAACCUGCGCUACUUUCUGCUGCCCUUUUUCCUCGGCAAAAUGACGCUCCGGCUGUGCAACACAAACCGCGAGGAGGUGGUGGAAGUGGCCGAGGUUUACUUUAAAGAUUUCCUAGCACGCUGUGAAAACUACAAGCUGUACGAAACCCCCGACCGGGACACGGGCGAGCUAGCGAUUGUGCCCGGUGGGCAGAGCGACAAGAUACGCGAGCUGCAGCGAAUGGGCGCUCAGCGCAACGAAAAGAUCCGCAAAUUCCAGGAGAAGAAGGAGCUGGAAGAAAAGGUCAAGCAGCUGCGGUACGUCGUCGAGCAGCCGGAGGCGAAAAUCGACGACGAGACGAAGCGCGAGUUUUUCCUCUCCCUGCUCAAAUCGGCCGUCCUGGAGGCGCAGGAGGAGCUGGAAAGUGUGGCGCGCGAAAAACAGAUGCUGCAGUACCGGGCGGCCGCCAAACUGCGGGGCGAGGACGAGCUGGAGGAAGCAAGCCACGGUGCGUUCGGCGGCGGCGGCGGCACCAACAAGCGACCGCCGGUGCAACCGCUGAAGCCGAUCAUCAUUACGCGGGACGCGGUACAGAAGGCCGUGUACGGGCGGGGCUACCCCAGCCUGCCCACCAUGACGGUGGCCGAGUUUUACGAGCAGCGGGUAGCGGAGGGCAUCUUCCCCGACCCGGAACGGAUGAAGGAGGUGAACAAAAACUCGCUCAUGAACCGGGUCCACAUGGACAAUGCGGCCGAGCAGGAUCGCGAGGACGAGCAGCAGGAGCAGCUGAUCGAGCGGGACGACGAGGAGUACCUGGCCCGGCAGCGGGCAAAGGACGAGUUUAAGGAUGAGCAUCGCCGUGGCGAUGGCAACCGGUACAACCGUAGCUAAGGGCGCUUUGACGCCUACUGUGCGGUUCGCGAAAUUAGUUUGUAUUUUUCCUUUUCUCUUUUACCACACACGAUCACAACAACUCACUCGGCAACAAAAAAUAGAGAAGUGCGUUCGCGGAAUGCGCUGCGGCAAUAUGAAUGUAUUUCGUGAUUUUGGAUAAAUUGUUAAGCUUACACAACGUA